AAGAGGAGUGACUUACCAGAAUUUAAUAAACAUCAAAACAGUUCCUCUUACGGAACAAAGUAAUAGUAAGCUAAUGAAGUGUGGUUUAUUAAAUAUCAGAUCUCUCUCAUCUAAAUCCUUUUUAAUAAAUGACUUGAUAAGUGACCAUCACAUAGAUCUGUUCUGUCUCACUGAAACCUGGCUGCAGCAGGAUGAAUAUGUUACUUUAAAUGAGUCGACUCCAAUGAGUCACAUCAACUAUCAUGUUCCAAGAUGUACAGGUAGAGGUGGAGGAGUAGCAGCAGUUUAUAAAUCAGAUUUAUUAAUUACUCCUAAACCUAAACAUAGUUAUAACUCAUUUGAGAGCCUCACUCUGAGCCUUUCUCACCCAGACUCUAAAACUCAGAAACCAGUUGUGUUUUGUAUUGUUUACCGUCCUCCUGCUCCAUAUUCAGAGUUCUUAACUGAAUUCUCUGAAUUCUUAUCUGACUUAGUUCUUAGCACAGAUAAAGUCAUUGUAGUGGGAGACUUUAACAUUCAUGUAGAUGUUGACAGCAACUGUCUCAGCACUGCUUUUAACUCCUUAAUAGACACUAUUGGUUUUACACAGCAGGUAAAUCAACCCACUCAUCGUUUUAACCACACUCUAGAUCUUGUCCUGACAUAUGGAGUUGAAAUUGAUAAUUUAAUAGUUCUUCCCCAAAACCCUCUGUUAUCUGACCAUUUCUUAUUAACUUUUGAAUUUAGCACAACUGACCCUAUAACAGCUGGAAAGAAAUGUUACUAUAGCAGAUGUUUAUCUGACAAUGCUGUUGCCAGAUUCAAGCAGAUGAUUCCAUCAUCUUUUGCCUCAAUGUCUUGCAGAUACACAGAGAACAGUCACCUUAAUCCUUAUGAACAGGUUGACUGUCUUGUAGAUGAUGCUGCAGCUUCUCUACGUACAAUGUUAGACACAGUGGCUCCUCUGAAGAAGAAGACAGUGAAUCAGAGGAGGUUAGCUCCGUGGUACAGUAUAACUCAGACAUCCGCAGUCUAAAGCAAAGGACUAGA